CGGAGUUGUAUUUAGUGUCUUUGGUAUAAUGGUCAAAAUCGGCUGGAGUUUGGGAGUAGAUGCUGUCGUUUCAUUGGGAUAGAUAGCCGACUGAAUUUCCAGCCACUUAUUGUUCUUCUGAGGUAUCAGCAGCAUGGAAACUGAAUGUUCUAAAUGAGUCUAUCAGGGGGUCAGAGUCAAGCACACGGUGAAAGAUCUGCUGGCAGAAAAGAGGUCGAGGCAGACGAAUGGGCCGCGCUAUACUGGUCUCACAUGCUUCCCAGUUACUACGGCAUGAGAAGACCUUUCAUUUCGGAUGCAGAGUUUUGCUCCACGACAAAACCAUUUCCGGCUGAUGUCUACCCAUCGGCUCUGGUGGGGAAGUCUCUCUCAUGUGACACCGGAUGCAUGUCCGGCUACUCUUCUCUCAUAGACAGCUACUACCCGGACUCUUUCGGGGACUACCGCAACUCACCGUUCACCAGUGGAGGAAGUACAAUCUUCUCAUCCUCUGCAUUAUCUUCUUUGCUUCCUUCAUACACCAGUGACCCUUCACAUUAUUUACUGAGGGAUUCUUGGGAGCCCGCAGGGACAGAAGCAGUAGAGGGUUUGUGUGGAGAUGCUCUGGCUCCUGUACCCUUGUCUGCAUCCAGUUCGCUGGUCAACCCCGAGACCGCCAGUCCUACCCAGUUCCGCUCAUCCUCUCGGGGUUCAUCGUCCCAGUCAUAUUCUCUGCAUUCACUAGAUGACAUAAAUUACCACUCUUCAUUCCCAUCCACUUCUGGCAGCUUUGCAUCUGUUUCCUUUAUGACUGAGCCUGUAAGCAAACUGGCAGUGGAUGACGCUGACAGUGCCCCUCCAGCACUGAGCGACAGUUUGGCGUGGGCCAAGGAGGACACUGCUAGUGCAUGGUCACAGUAUGAGGUCAGGAGGGCAUUCUGAUAUUGAACUAAAAAAAAUGAGGGCUUACCAGCCUAGCAGAUCAACCCCUCUUCAUUUCACAAGUAAGAUUAUUGGCACUUAAUUGGUUUUUACUUAGCAGGGCUAAGGCUUCACGUGGUGGAAAAAAAUGCUACAUUAUAUCUUGAAUUUGUUGUUUUAUUUCAUUCGUUUCAUAUAAUUUAUUGUAAUUUUAUCUUCAAUUUUGUAGAAACCACAAGUUCUGUUUUCUCAGCUGGAUAAGGGUGAUAAUCAGUAUAAGUUUGUAUAUUGGAUUUUUUAUUUGUGUGAUGCAUAAGUGACUGUGAGUAUAUUUAAAUGUAUAUUACUUGCAUAAAUUAAGUGUUACAAUAUUUUAAGUUGCUGUGUAAUAUCUAUGCUUGUCCUUCUUUGUUUCUUCUUGUUAGUAGAAUUUUUCAUUUUAAAGCCUGUUGUGCAAACUGUCUAA